CUUCUCUGAAAAGCAGCAAUUGCGAUAAGCUCUACAAUUUAAAAAAGAAAAAAAAAUUGUCUUCUCCCUCUCCUCGUAUAUUCAUCUCCUAUAUCGUGUUUGAGGUGAUCGAAGCAUUGACUUUGGGAGGCGAUUUCGAGAGGUUUGGGAUGGGUUCUCUCACGAAGAUGGAGGAGUUGGUGGUGGGGGAGGGGUGGUCGAAGGAGGCGAUCCUCUACGUUAAUGGCGUGCGCCGCGUGCUCCCCGAUGGGCUCGCCCACCUCACCCUUCUCCAAUACCUCAGAGAUAUUGGCCUUACAGGGACAAAGCUAGGAUGUGGUGAAGGUGGUUGUGGAGCUUGUACAGUGAUGGCUUCUUGCUAUGAUCAGCAUAUGAAGAAAACGAUGCAUUUUGCAAUCAAUGCAUGCUUGGCUCCGUUAUAUUCUGUGGAAGGAAUGCAUAUAAUUACAGUGGAGGGUAUUGGAAAUCGGCAGCGUGGUUUGCAUCCCAUCCAGGAAUCUCUAGCUCAGGCUCAUGGUUCACAAUGUGGAUUUUGCACUCCUGGUUUCAUAAUGUCUAUGUAUGCACUAUUGAGAUCAAACAAACAACCUCCCACUGAAGAGCAGAUCGAAGAAAACCUUGCUGGAAAUUUAUGUCGUUGUACAGGCUAUAGGCCGAUCAUUGAUGCAUUCCGUGUUUUCGCUAAAACCGAUGAUUCGUUAUAUACUAACUCAACAUCAGCAAGCUCCUCUACCAAUCAAACCAUUUGCCCUUCGACAGGGAAACCAUGUUUGUGUGGAAGCUCUUCUGAAGCUUGUGGCAGGAAACAACAUAGACCCAUUUCCUAUAGUGAAACCGACGGAAGUUCUUACAAUGAAAAAGAGCUUAUCUUUCCUCCUGAGCUGCUUCUGAGAAAAAUCAUGCCUCUAAGUUUACAUGGUUUUGGUGGUUUAAAAUGGUAUAGACCUCUAAGACUUCAGCAUGUGUUAUAUCUCAAGUCUUGCUAUCCGGAGGCGAAACUUGUUGUUGGUAACACCGAAGUAGGGAUAGAAACAAAGUUCAAAAAUGCGCAGUAUCAAGUGCUCAUUUGUGUUACCCAUGUGGUGGAGCUUAAUGCAUUGAACGUGGGAGAAGACGGCAUUGAGAUUGGUGCUUCUGUGAGACUAACACAGCUCCAACAAGUCCUUCAAAAGGUUGUAGCAGAGAGAGAUAGUCAUGAGAUUUCAUCUUGCAAGGCGAUUUUGGAGCAACUGAAGUGGUUUGCUGGGAAACAAAUUAGGAAUGUUGCUUCUGUUGGUGGAAAUGUUUGUACUGCUAGUCCAAUAUCUGACCUAAACCCCCUUUGGAUGGCUUCAAAUGCGAAGUUUCGACUGAUUGAUUGUGAAGGAAAUAUUAGAACUGUUUUUGCCAAAGAUUUCUUUCUUGGUUAUCGCAAAGUUGAUAUUCGGCAUGAUGAGAUAUUGCUCUCAAUACUUUUACCAUGGACAAGACCUUUUGAAUUUGUGAAAGAGUUUAAACAAGCACAUAGAAGGGAAGAUGAUAUUGCUUUGGUAAAUGCCGGAAUGCGUGCUUAUAUCAGGGCAGAAAAUGAAGACUGGAUUAUCGCUGAUGUUUCUAUUGUUUAUGGAGGAGUCGCCGCGCUUUCUCUCUCUUCAUCAAGAACAGAGAAAUAUCUAAUGGGAAAGAAAUGGGAUAAGAAAUUGUUAGAGGAUGUUUUAAAUGUAUUAAAAGAGGACAUUAAUAUUCCGGAGAAUGCACCAGGCGGAAUGGCUGAAUUCCGAAAGUCCCUUACACUGAGUUUCUUUUUUAAAUUUUUUAUGUGGGUAACUCAUGAGAUGAAUGUAGAAGGACACUUUAAGGAAGGUUUGCAUGCCACUCAACUAUCAGCCAUACAGCCCUACUCAAGGCCUUCUUCUUUUGGAAGUCAGAGUUAUGAGUUGGCUAGACAUGGAACAGCCGUGGGGCUACCAAUGAUUCAUCUCUCAUCAAAGCUACAGGUGACUGGUGAGGCUGAAUACACUGAUGAUACACCUACAUCUCAGAAUACUUUGCAUGCAGCUUUAAUAUUGAGUAGAAGAGCUCACGCACGCAUAUUGUCUAUAGAUGAUUCACGUGCCAAAUCUUCGCCUGGUUUUUCUGGUCUCUUUCUUGCAAAAGAUGUCCCUGGUAGUAAUAAACUUGGGCCAGUUGUUCACGAUGAGGAACUUUUUGCUUCAGAGGUUGUUACCUGUGUUGGCCAGGUUAUCGGGAUUGUUGUGGCGGAUACUCAUGAAAAUGCAAAAGCUGCUGCAAGUAAUGUGGAGAUUAAAUAUGAAGACUUGCCAGCAAUCUUGUCUAUAAGAGAAGCUGUUGAUUCUGGCAGUUUUCAUCCUAACACUGCAAGGUCCUUGGUAAAGGGAGAUGUGGAAUGGUGUUUCAAGUCUUCAUGCGACAAGAUUAUAGAAGGGGAAGUUCAGGUUGGAGGUCAAGAGCACUUUUACUUGGAGCCUCAGAGCAGUCUGGUCUGGACAGUUGAUGCUGGAAAUGAAGUACAUAUGAUCUCCUCUACACAAGCACCUCAAAAGAACCAGGAGUAUGCUGCCAAUGUUCUUGAUCUACCAUUAUCGAAAGUCGUUUGCAAGACAAAGCGCAUUGGUGGUGGAUUUGGUGGGAAAGAAACCAGAGCUUCCUUCUUUGCAGCUGCGGCAUCUGUAGCAUCAUAUCAUUUAAGAACAGCAGUGAAGAUUACUCUAGACAGGGAUGUCGACAUGAUGACAACUGGACAGCGGCACAGCUUCCUUGGAAAAUACAAAGUUGGGUUUACAAAUGAGGGGAAGGUUAUGGGAUUGGAUCUUGAAAUCUACAAUAAUGGUGGGAAUUCAUUGGACCUGUCUGUUUCAGUCUUGGAGCGUGCUAUGUUUACUUCAGAAAAUGUCUAUGAUAUACCCCAUGUCAAGAUUCGAGGCCAAGUUUGCUUCACAAAUUUCCCAAGUAAUACAGCUUUCAGGGGUUUUGGGGGCCCACAGGGCAUGCUUAUUGCCGAGAACUGGAUUCAAUAUAUAGCUUCAGAGCUUCAGAAAAGCCCUGAAGAGAUACGGGAGCUUAAUUUUCACAAUGAAGGGAUGGUGCUGCAUUAUGGACAAGUGCUUGAGAACUGCACAAUCAGACAGGUGUGGGAUGAACUAAAGAUCUCUUGUGAUUUUCAAAAUGCUCGCGAAGCAGUAAGCUCUUUUAACUGUCAAAAUCGUUGGAGAAAGCGAGGAGUUGCAAUGGUCCCCACCAAAUUCGGCAUCUCCUUCACUGCAAAGCACAUGAAUCAGGCUGGGGCUCUUGUGCAAGUCUAUAUUGAUGGCACUGUCCUAGUGACACAUGGUGGAGUUGAGAUGGGACAAGGCCUACACACAAAAGUUGCCCAAAUUGCCGCCUCAUCCUUUAAUAUUCCUCUCAGUUCUGUAUUCAUAUCAGAAACAAGCACUGACAAGGUUCCUAAUGCAUCACCAACGGCAGCUUCUGCUAGUUCGGAUAUGUAUGGUGCUGCAGUUUUAGAUGCCUGUGAGCAAAUUAAGGCCCGCAUGGAACCUAUAGCUUGCAGACAAAAGCACAGUUCUUUUGCCCAGUUAGCGCGUGCCUGCCACAUGGAGCGAAUAGAUCUCUCAGCUCACGGGUUUUAUAUCACACCUAAUAUUGGGUUUGACUGGAAACUGGGUAAGGGGGCUCCAUUCAGCUACUACACCUAUGGAGCUGCAUUUGCUGAGGUUGAAAUAGAUGCUUUAACCGGAGAUUUCUAUACAAGAACAGCAGAUAUUGUUAUGGAUCUUGGAUAUUCGCUUAACCCAGCUAUUGAUGUUGGACAGAUUGAAGGAGCCUUUAUACAAGGAUUAGGCUGGGUUGCCUUGGAAGAGUUGAAAUGGGGAGAUGCUCAUCACAAGUGGAUUAGGCCCGGCAACCUGUUUACUUGCGGCCCUGGAACCUACAAAAUUCCUUCAGUGAAUGAUAUACCUCUGAAAUUCAAGGUUUCACUUUUGAAGGGUGCUCCGAAUCCAAAGGCAAUUCACUCUUCGAAAGCUGUGGGCGAGCCGCCAUUCUUCCUUGCAUCUGCCGUGUUAUUCGCGAUCAAAGAUGCAAUCAUUGCAGCACGAGCCGAGGAGGGUCUAAAUGAGUGGUUCCCGCUCGAUAAUCCUGCAACACCCGAGAGGAUCAGAAUGGCGUGCGUCGACUCUUUCACUAAGCACUUUGCAAGCCCGAACUACCGCCCGAAGCUCAGUGUCUGAUUGUUCUCAUCUUACUGCUGUAAAUAACAGAUAUAACCCGAUCAGUUGCACACGUAACCACAGGAAACUGCAGAUAUGUGAUUUCAUGUAAUCAAUUGCAAGCUGGUAAGCUUGUUUAUUCUAGUAAAGGCGAGAGUCGAGAAUCGAAUCCCAGAAAACACAACUGUUCCCAAAUCUGUUCGAUUCUGAAUCGCUUCCCAAUCAUCAAAAGUUCAAAACCAUCCUUGUUCAGAUUUGGUUAAAUCACUCCCGUUCUAGUUCGGUUCUCGCUAUAAAACCUCAGAUAUCCAUAUCCAUUGACAUCACUACUUUGCAUGCUUGGUGAAUAACAUUCUUGUUAGUUAAA